AUAAUAUAAAUAAAAUAAUCCUUUUUACGUUGAAAUUUCGAAAAAAAAAAUACUAUAACUUUGUGGCUAUAACAUGGAAAAUGUUUAUCGAAUACAAAGCGGUAAUUUGAUCAAUAUUGGUGAGAAAUUUUCCAACUUCAAGAGAGAAUUAUGCCCUUAUAGCGUGGACAAAUUACCACAAACAUACGAAGAAAUAAAAAUACUUUGGGAUCUUCCGGAUGGCAUUGAAGAAGAGAUAUUAGAGGAUUCCAUAUCGUUAAGUCAUUUGGAACUACCAGAUGAUACACCAAUUGUUGAUGUCCAUCUUCAUGAACUUCAUUCGAAGCCGGGGCAAAAAGUCGUUGAAAUAUCAAAAAAAGCGAUGAGAUUGAGGUGUGUGCGCCAUCGGAAUGAAGAUAAUUUGAAUAAAGUGAAUGUAAACGUACCACGAAAAUACAAUCGGUAUCGAUAUAUUAAACAUAACAUAGAUGAUUCAAAUGUGUUGUGUGAUUUGGUGCCAUUAGAAGAGAUCUUAAUUACUGUCCGUCUGUAUGAGCCAUUUUUAUAUAAACGUGGAGAAGGUACUAAACGAAAACCGCGGUUAAGUCAAGAGUUUUUGGUAUUGGGGAAAAACUAUUUGACUGAGCUCCGAGAUAAAAUAUAUUGUCACUGCAAGUUUGGUCCAUUCAAGGAUAUUAGCGAUGAUUUUGAAAGUAUCAAAAAGGCAGAAAUAGAACAACCUCCACAACCAAUGCGAAAAGAAGAUGACUUCGGAUUUUUCUUCAUCACCGAUACAUUUUACAAUGACAAUCGUUCGAAAAAUACGGAUCAAAUGCCAGAAAUUCAUGAAUGGAUGAAACGACAGUCAGAUUUUGGACCAAUUCAAGUAAAAGACAUGCAGAAUACAAAGUUUGAAGAUCUAAAUAUUCGCGUUGGCUUUCCACAAUUAUAUCGUCAUUAUGUAAACUGUGAACACAUUAUAAGUUUCACUGAUAUUCGAUUGUUGGCACCAGAUGACCCGCUAAAUUCGAACAAGUAUCCGCUAUUGCGAUGCGUUUCCAGCUCGAAAAAUACAUUGUGCAUGAUUUGCGGUAUUAUUGAGGCAACGUUUGUUGUCAAAAAUAACAAUAUUCAUAUUUUGGAUCCAACGUUUAUGUGCCAAAAUUGUUUAAUUUCUUUUCAUUAUAUUGAUGGGAAAAAAGCUGGAAAUUUUCAAGCAUUUCGAUACUUCUCUGGCAUUACUAUGGUUGAAGAUUGAUGGAUGAUUAUUACAUUUUUAUUUAUGCAUAAAUAAAUAGUAUCACACUUUAAA